CGCACAAUCGGCCAGCCACCAAUCACUAGAGCGUUAAGAAUCGCUGACCCACCAAUCAAGAGUUGCGUCUCCGCGUCGCCCCGGCCCACCUUCUCCUCCUACCAACGUAGGAAAGAAGAGAGAAAAGAUCGAUUCCUUCCGCCAAUCCCCGCCAGCCACAGCUAGCUUUCCCUUCUGGCCCCUUUCCGUCACCAAUCGAGGUGCCCACUCUGACCCGACAGUCAGCCAAUCGGGAGGGCGAUAGCAUCCCGCCUUUGCUUUCGUUCGUGGAGGCACAAAUCAGUCGGAAUUUUGAAGUGCCAGCAGUGCCGCCCAUCUUUGGCAGAUCGCGGUGCCUUAAAGGAGAUAGCGGGACCCUUGUGUGUGAUCGACUUCAUCACCUCCAUGGUAGCUACGAAGAAGAAGAUGGGACACAUCAUUUCCUGCAUGUUGUCAUGAAGUCCAUCCUAAAUUAACCUGAUUUUUCAUAAUUGAAAAUAGCAAAGUAAACCAAGAUGUCAGUGGAUCCAAUGACCUAUGAGGCUCAGUUCUUUGGCUUCACACCAGAGACUUGCAUGCUUAGGAUCUACAUUGCAUUUCAAGAUUACCUAUUUGAAGUGAUGCAGGCUGUUGAACAGGUUAUUAUGAAGAAGAUGGAGGGAAUCCCAGACUGUGAUAUUAGCCCAGUCCAGAUUCGUAAAUGCACAGAGAAGUUUCUUUGCUUCAUGAAAGGACAUUUUGAUAAACUUUUUGGCAAAAUGGAGCAGCUGCUUUUGCAGUUGAUUUUGCGUAUUCCCCCAAAUAUCUUGCUUCCUGAAGACAAAUGUCAGGAGACGCAUCCUUACAGUGAAGAAGAAUUCCAGCUUCUCCAAAAAGAAAUUGAAGAAUUACAGGAAAAGUAUAAGACUGAAUUAUGUACUAAGCAGGCCCUUCUUGCAGAAUUAGAAGAGCAAAAAAUUGUUCAAGCCAAACUCAAACAGACUUUGACUUUGUUUGAUGAGCUUGAAAAUGUUGGCAGACAUCAUGGGACUAGUGAUUUUAAGAAGAGUUUGGUGUCCCUGGUCCAGAACUGUAGGAAACUCCAGAACAUUAGAGACAAUGUGGAAAAGGAAAGCAAAAGACUGAAAAUAUCUUAAUUUCUUAGUAGCAAAAACAAAGAACCUGUAAAAAAGUAGUUUUCCUUUGUUCACUCUUUCUUAUGUUCCCCAUCUUUUUUGGUCCACUCUUCUCAAGUAGCUAUACUGCCUUGAACUAGUCUUUGAAGCAUCUGUUCAUUAGAGUUUUCUAAUAAGUGGAAAGAGAUUCUUGAUUCAAUAAUGGCUCAUUUGGGGGCAUGAUUGAAGAAGUAAAACUACAGCUGAAAAUAUAUAAUUGUACCUUGGUUAUAAGACUUUGUGAUCCUGGCCCUUUUGGCUUAUUCUUUGGAUAAUACCAGGUGAGAAAAGGGUUAAAUGGGUGGCUUCUUUAUUAACCAGCCAUUAUACUAUGAAAUAGCCAGCAUAGGGUGCUGCUCUUGCCCAGUAACUUUGCUUUACAUGAAGAUGUUAUAACUGGUU